UCAUAAACAGACAGCCCAGAAUGAAGAAAGCAAGCAGGAGUGUUGGCUCAGUGCCCAAAGUGCCUGGAGUAAAUAAAACUCAAACAACUGAAAAAGCCAAACCAGAAAACGGCUCCUCAGUGUCUGCAGUAACAAAACUCUCCAAAACGGGGCCAUCAGCAUCUCUUUUGAAGACUAAGAGUAAUGAUGACCUCUUAGCGGGGAUGGCUGGUGGCGGUGGAGUGACAAUGACCAAUGGUGUCAAGGCAAAGAAGAGCACUUGUGUAUCAACAGCAUCUUCAGCUUCAGGGAUGACCAUGAACAGCCUGGAAAAUAAACCCAAAACUAUUGCAGGUACAAGUUCCACAACUAAGCGUAGCACUUCAUCUGGAAAUAAAGAGUCAAGCUCUUCUAGAGAAAGAAUACGCGAUCGCUCUCGUUUAAGCCAGAGCAAAAAGCUACCUUUGACUGGACAGGGGACCAAUGAUACGGUACUGGCAAAACGCUCCCGUAGUCGCACCAAUCCAGAAUCAGAUAUUCGAAUGAGCAAGUCCAAAUCAGACAAUCAAAUCAGUGACAAAGCUGCAUUGGAAGCAAAGGUGAAUGAUCUUUUGACAUUAGCAAAAACUAAAGAUGUGGAAAUCUUGCAUCUGAGGAAUGAACUAAGGGAUAUGCGUGCUCAGCUGGGACUUAACGAAGAUCAACUUGAAGGUGAUGAAAAAUCUGAAGAAAAAGAGGCCAUUGUUGUCCAUCAGCCAACUGAUGUAGAGUCUACGUUGCUACAGUUACAGGAACAAAACACUGCCAUCAGAGAAGAGCUCAACCAGCUGAAGAAUGAGAAUCGAAUGUUAAAAGACAGACUAAAUGCAUUAGGCUUUUCUUUGGAACAAAGGCUGGACAACUCUGAAAAACUCUUUGGCUAUCAGUCUUUGAGUCCAGAGAUUACAACUGGCAACCACAGUGAUGGUGGUGGUACUCUGACAUCUUCAGUGGAAGGUUCUGCUCCUGGAUCAAUGGAAGACUUGUUAAGUCAGGAUGAAAACACUUUGAUGGACAAUCAACACAGUAAUUCCAUGGAUAAUUUAGACAGUGAGUGCAGUGAAGUUUAUCAACCACUGACAUCAAGCGAUGAUGCCUUAGAUGCUCCAUCAUCUUCGGAGUCUGAAGGUGUACCAAGUAUAGAAAGAUCAAGGAAGGGAAGCAGUGGCAAUGCAAGUGAAGUGUCCGUAGCUUGUCUAACAGAACGGAUACAUCAGAUGGAAGAGAAUCAGCACAGUACAGCUGAAGAGCUCCAAGCCACACUUCAAGAGCUUGCAGAUUUGCAACAAAUAACACAAGAGCUAAACAGUGAGAAUGAAAGACUUGGAGAGGAAAAAGUAAUCCUUAUGGAAUCUUUGUGCCAGCAAAGUGACAAAUUAGAACACUUCAGCCGUCAGAUCGAGUAUUUUCGAUCCCUUUUAGAUGAACACCAUAUUUCAUAUGUAAUUGAUGAAGAUAUGAAAAGUGGUCGCUACAUGGAGUUAGAGCAACGUUAUAUGGACCUUGCAGAGAACGCUCGGUUUGAGCGAGAGCAGCUGUUGGGUGUUCAGCAGCACUUGAGCAACACUUUGAAGAUGGCAGAACAAGACAACAAGGAGGCCCAAGAAAUGAUAGGGGCAUUAAAAGAACGAAAUCACCACAUGGAACGGAUUAUUGAGUCAGAGCAGAAAAGCAAAACAGCAAUAGCAUCUACCUUAGAGGAGUACAAAGCCACAGUAGCCAGUGACCAGAUUGAGAUGAACAGGCUGAAAGCUCAGUUAGAGCAUGAAAAGCAGAAAGUGGCUGAGUUGUACUCUAUACACAACUCUGGAGAUAAAUCAGAUAUACAAGAUUUGCUGGAGAGUGUCAGGCUGGAUAAAGAAAAAGCAGAGACAUUGGCCAGUAGUCUGCAAGAAGAGCUGGCACACACUCGCAAUGAUGCCAAUCGAUUGCAAGAUGCCAUUGCUAAGGUUGAAGAUGAAUACAGAGUGUUCCAAGAAGAAGCCAAGAAACAAAUUGAGGAUCUCAAUGUGACUCUAGAAAAACUUCGGACAGAACUAGAUGAAAAAGAGACUGAGAGAAGUGACAUGAAAGAAACUAUCUUUGAGUUGGAGGAUGAAGUAGAGCAGCAUCGUGCUGUGAAGCUUCAUGACAAUCUCAUUAUAUCUGAUUUGGAGAAUACAGUUAAAAAGCUUCAGGACCAAAAGCAUGACAUGGAAAGAGAGAUAAAGAAUCUUCACAGGAGACUCCGGGAGGAGUCAGCAGAAUGGCGUCAGUUCCAAGCUGAUCUACAGACUGCAGUGGUUAUAGCAAAUGAUAUAAAGUCUGAGGCCCAGGAAGAGAUAGGAGACCUGAAGCGUAGAUUACAUGAAGCUCAGGAGAAAAAUGAGAAGCUCACUAAAGAGUUGGAGGAAAUAAAGUCACGCAAGCAGGAAGAGGAACGUGGUCGAGUGUACAAUUACAUGAAUGCUGUAGAGAGAGAUUUGGCAGCUCUGAGACAAGGAAUGGGCCUGAGUCGCAGAUCAUCCACCUCCUCAGAGCCAACUCCUACUGUAAAAACACUCAUCAAGUCAUUUGACAGUGCCUCCCAAGUUCCAAGCCCUGCUGCUGCCACAAUUCCUCGCACUCCCCUGAGCCCAAGUCCCAUGAAAACUCCCCCGGCUGCUGCUGUAUCCCCUAUGCAGAGGCAUUCUAUAAGUGGACCAAUCUCAGCUUCAAAACCCCUUGCUACGCUGACAGACAAAAGACCAAGCUAUGCUGAAAUCCCUGUUCAAGAACAUUUGUUGAGAACAUCUUCUACCAGCAGGCCAGCAUCUUUGCCAAGAGUACCUGCUAUGGAAAGUGCCAAAUCUAUUUCUGUCUCUCGAAGAAGUAGUGAAGAAAUCAAACGGGAUAUCAGUGCACCUGAUGGAGCAUCUCCAGCAUCUCUCAUGGCAAUGGGUACCACCUCACCACAGCUGUCACUCUCAUCUUCCCCUACGGCAUCAGUCACGCCUACAACCAGAAGUCGAAUAAGGGAAGAGAGGAAAGAUCCCUUGUCUGCCCUAGCAAGAGAAUAUGGAGGAUCCAAGAGAAAUGCCUUGCUGAAGUGGUGCCAGAAAAAAACAGAAGGAUAUCAGAAUAUCGACAUAACAAACUUCAGCAGUAGCUGGAAUGAUGGCUUGGCUUUCUGUGCAGUCCUCCAUACUUACCUCCCAGCCCAUAUUCCCUAUCAAGAACUAAACAGCCAGGACAAGAGAAGAAAUUUCACUUUGGCUUUUCAGGCAGCUGAAAGUGUUGGCAUCAAAUCUACUCUGGACAUCAAUGAAAUGGUGCGAACUGAGCGUCCAGACUGGCAGAAUGUCAUGCUGUAUGUUACAGCAAUUUACAAAUACUUUGAAACCUGAAACCCUAAUAAUUCAACAGAUCCAUGGGAUAGAACCAACGUGAGCUACAAGAUGGAAAUCUUACUGAAAUGCUAAUCCCCAGUUCACUGAAAACUGGCAACAUUUGAGUCCCCUCAAACUUCAGUGACACUAUCCUGGAUUGCCUCAGAUCGCUUCAGCUACUAAGCCUGGAAACAACUGUUUAAAAGCAAGAACUUGUUGCCACAGUGCUUGGAAUAACCCAAGUUAUUAAGCUAUUCAGAUUAAUUAUGAAGCCUAAAGAGCCCGGACUACUUAUGUGCUGCCUUUCCAGCCAGACUUCCUGAAGCUUUCUUUCCUAGGAGAGUGAGAUGAAUGGAUCCUCUAGCGUAUAGGAGACUGAAUGUACAGCUAAAGCUCUGAGAAGGAAAAGGAUAACAUGGCAUCAUAUUACUAAACUUUCUGUAGCGUCCUGAUACCACAGAGUCUGAAUAUUCUACCCACAGCAUAUGGCACCCUGAUAUAGUAGAGUUCUUAAUGGUAAUUUAGUUACUGCCUUUACAGCUAUUUUCCCUCCUUUAAAAUGUGCACAAUAUUCUAGGAAAACAAGCUUUUAUUCCAUAGCGACAAAUUGAGUGGAAAAGUGCUCGCAAUACCUCGAAAAAUUUGGCACAGAAGAACUCUUCAUUCUAAAGUUUCAUUAUAAGCCUACCUCUGUCACAAUGAUGUGGCUUCCAACUUUAUCUUACGGAUUGUAAAGACUAGCACGUACAGCUCCUGGUUUUCAGGGUACGCUGUAUUUCAAGGAAUCUGUCCAAACUCCCUGUGCUUCCAUUAUAACAGAAAUGAAUCAAUAAUCCACCCUUGUGUACAGCUUGUUCUUCCCCCUCUUCCUCCUUUGCCUGUAUAGCACGCACAGCUACUCCAGGCUUUACUCUACAGCAAUACGAGCAUACAUCAUGGAAUUCUGUGGUAGAAUUUUGGAACUGGGAUAGCAUUUCCUCUGCAGAGAAGAUAUUUUCAAUAAGACGUAAUAAUGAAGUAGUUUGUCUCAAAAUCCAGCUUUGCCAUGUUUUCUGUGUGUUUCUGAUUGAUCUUGCACACCCUCAUCCGACUGACAGAAGGUGAGACGUUCUCUGACAAGAACUAUGGAGAAACUGAUGUAAUGUGUAUACACCCAGUAGUCUCGAAUAUUGCGUGGAAAUGACUCACUGUCACAAGGAAGGAAUUGAAAACUUUAGUCUGCUGAACUUCUAUUUUCCUAAAAUGUACCUGAAUUCAUGUAACAGCUCUCGGGCAAAAGAGUUCAAGUAAGUGCCUUAGCGAUCAUUGAAUUGAUACAUCCUGGCACUGCAGGGCCUUGUGCAGAAUGUUAAUGGCUCAGAACGAUUUCAUACAUCCAUUUGUCAUAAGCUGUUUGUUGUAAUCUUGUUUGUCAAAUCAAGGGAAGACUUCACUCUACCAUUGCUUCUGCCUCUUAUUUUUCUGAAUACUUAUCAGCAGUUAAGCCACAGUUGAACAUCUCUCAUUAAUAUUAAGCAGAAGCCUACUUUAGAAGUGAGUUCUGUAACAACUGCUAUUUAUAAGCACAUGUUCUUUCAACACAGUAACCCUGUUAUAAAGAAAAUGAAUCUGCCAUUCCUAUGGUGCUCUUAUGACUGUUAAGGACAGUUUGAAUGUCAUAGAUGUUAACCCAGUGAAUGCAACUGUGCUUGGCAUCUGUGAAACUUCAUCAUGGUAUAAAAGCACAGAUUUAACUCAAAAUUAUUGCCAAAUCCAAAAACCUAUCAUCUGAAGAAUAUAGCCCAUGUGAAGAGUAAUAAUUUAGCAUGUCUCUAGCAGCUAGCAUUUUAUAAAAAUAUCUGCUUACACUGAUACGUGCCUGUGGCAAUUAUGAAAAUUUGCAAAAUAACUACUUAAUCCAUGAUGAGGGCCUUUGGAGAAGUUUUCAGAGCAGCAGUGUCUCAUACAUUCUUACAGUUCUUUAGAACCCUAAAAGUAGCUAGAUACCCUCAGAUUAUUAAUUGGUGCAUUUGAAGAGCCAACAUAAUCUAAAGACCAUUGCUGCAAGAGAGGCUUCAAGUGAAAAACCUUCAUUAACAGAUUUUAAUAAAAGUCUGAAAUACAAUUUCCUCUCCUGUAUAUUUCUUCAAAAUUUUUUGUUUACUUCAUUUCUUCAGAUAAGUUUCAAUAAGAAUAGUCCUGUUAGAAAUACACAUUAUUGCUGUCUCACAUGCCAUCUCUUACUACUAAAUUCCAGGUUUUGCCAAUUUGUGUUUAAAAAACCUUCUGUUCAUCCUCUGAACAGACAUCCUUAUCUAUGAUUGUCUUAUUCAUUGCCUUAGAUUUUAAGAAAAUAUUUUUCUAAUGAAAAAGAUAGCAUUUCUUGGUCUAAAUUCACUCAUGACCUGUUUUGUUAAAGUAAUUUGAGCUUUAAGCUGAUUUUUUUCUGUCCAAUGGUCAAGUUCAUUUACCUGGAAUGUUGUAUUAGUCCUUAACUGAAAUAACACUAAUAGAAUAACCAUUUGUAAAAGGGGAAAUCACAUUUUCCAGAUACUUUCUGUUAAAAAGAUGAGCUGCUAGUUUUCAGAGAGAGAGAGAAAAGUUAUUAGGAAUUAUAAAAAUGAUCUUGUUUUCAACUUCAGAGCUCUGUAAACUUCUUGGUGUGAUCUGUCUGAUAAACCUCUGCUGAAUUCAUAUCUGUAAAGGAAUGUCGGGCUCCAUGAAGAGGUGGGGUUUUUUUAUAAUGAUGUAUCUGAGCCUUUAUAUAUAAAAUGCUGUACAGCUGUCCAAGUGGAAGUAAUGAAGCAAUGGAAUAUCUAAAACAAACAUAAUGCCCUGCUGCACUCUACAACAAGUUUUUUCUGAAGGUUCAAAUAGCAUUAAGUUUUUCAAGAGGAAGAAUAGCUGUAGCCCUUCUGGACGUGGAUGAUACUGUUCUGUUUGGUUCCUGCUCGUAGUUAAUCCUGAAACAGCCUGGUUUUUUGUACAUAUGAAGUGCAAGUUUAUGCUGAUGUACUUUCGUUUCUUUUUAAUCCAGAAAAUAUUUCUGAAUGUACUAAAAAAAAGGACAAAUAUUUUAUCAUCGACUUAUAUUAUUGCAUUUUAAUAUGUGCCUUGCAAAUGCCUGUGCUGUAGCAUAUCAGGGUUACUCAUUGCCAGCUGUAGGGGUGGGGUGGGCAACAGCUAUAUCAUCUUCUGGAUCCUGUUUACUGAAACACUUCCAUAAAUUAGAGAGGUCAGUUUAGGGCCAGAUGUGUAUUCGGUUUGGCUAGUUGUCAUCCUGAUGCAAGACCAUCAGCAAUGAACUGAAUGGACAUUGUGGGGUUUUCUUUACCAAAAAAGAAGGGAUGGGAGGAAAAAUUUAGUUUUGGUUAUUCAGGAAAAUUUUGUCAGAGAAGUUUUGAUGUGGAGUGUCUAACAAUAACAGAACUGAGGUGACUUCAGAAUGGAUUACGCUUGAUUGGGUUUUCAGUUGGUUUUGUUUGAGCCAGUUUGAUUUGGUUGUCUUGUAUAUUUAAAUAGAUACACUAAUUGAGUAUCUCUGGUAUGAAUCUCAGUGGCCUUCACAAAGAUCUCUCAUUCUCAUGCCUCUGAAAAAUCAUGAGUGAAAUUGUCCCUUUUAAAUUUGUGUUUGUGGAUAGGUUAUCCAGAAUAUAGUAUUUAAUUACAGCAUAUUCUGAUGUAAAAGU